CAGUUAAAGUUAGAUGACCAGUUUGUGUUGAUUUCUUCCUAAAAAAAAUAAAAAAAAGUUCUAUACACUUUGCCGACGUUUGUAUACGUUUUGUUCAUUCUCAUUACAAAUUACUGAUUGUUUAAUUACUGAUUUAAUUUAACGACUCUAAAAUGGCUUCAAACAGUGAGAUGAUCGAUUCGAAAGAAUCAUUAUCAGAAUUAUUUGAUAAAGGUUUUGAUUUAUUUAAUGAAAUAAAUGAAACCAAGGAAUCGACAAAUUCAAUAAAAGUUCAGUCGGAUGUUAAACAAGCAAUGCACAUAUUUGAAGAAUCAACAAAAUUAGUAUCGCUUGUCGAUAUGUUCAGUGAUAAUGAGAAUUUCGAUGAAAUUCCAACGGAAAAUAUCAAAUAUUUUUUACUGCCAGCACUAUUGGGAACAUUAACGACAAAAAUUUGCAAUGCCGACGAUCGUAUGCAUAUUAUUGAUGUGGCUGAAAUUUAUUUCGUCGAUUUUUUAAAACGUUUAAAAACUUAUGGUUUAACGGACAUUCAAGUACCGGAGAAAAAUAAUAGCGAAACAGAGGAAACUGCCAUUGAACGAUGUAAAUCAAAUGCCGAAAUGAUAACCGAAAUGGUCAGUGUGAGAAAUACAAAAAUUCAACGAUACACAGAACAAAAGGAAUUGGAGUCACGUUUAAAAAUUUUAAAACAAGGUAUGGAUGAUUUAAAUAUUGACGAUGAAUCAAAGAGAGAAUAUUUGAAGACACUAUUGAAGGUUUAUGUAAAUCAAGCAUUGGACGAAUUACGUUCAAUUGCUGAUGAGAGACCAAUUUUGGAGCAUAUGAAAAAAAUGGAUGACGGUGAGAAAAAAUCGUCGUCACAUUAUCAUAAAUCACGUACAACAAGUGCAAAAUUGAAGCCAAUAAUUAUAACGAGAGAUGAACUUCAAAAGCAAGUUUACGGCGCUGGUUAUCCAAGCCUUCCGGUAUUAACUGUACAAGAAUUUUACGAUCAACGCGUUAAGGAUGGAGAUUGGCCAGAUCCUUCUCAACGGAAUAAAAUAAAUAAUUCAUGCCUUCAAGAUGUCGGCAAUAGUGAUUCCAAUACAGAGCAAGAUAAGGAGGACGAGGAAAAGGAAAAAAUGAUCGAGAAAGAUGACGAGGAGUCAAUAAAUCGUGCACGAGCAAUGGAUGAUUAUAAAGACACACAUCGUCGUGGUUGGGGAAAUCGUUAUAAUCGAAGUUAAAUUUCAAAUUUUUCCUUUCUUUUAUACCGUGUCAAAAAAAAAAUUGUACCAAUUGCAUGUCGAAUAAUUAACUACUACUUUAAGAUGUUAAUACAUCAAAUUAUAAGAAAAAUUAAUUUUA